AGAUUAAGACGUCGGCAACCACAUAUUGUGUGAUGAGGGUCGGGGGGUUAUGUCCUCCCGAUUGACACCGUAAAAUACGUUUUUCUUCUUAGCCCGCAGUUGGUGAAUUAUUACUUAUUCCGUGAAUACUGUGUGCACCGUCUCUAUUCGGUUUACCAAAUGAAUAUAUUUAUAUUAAUAUUAUUGUUACGAAGAGUUGGUCCGUUUCUCCGUUAUGUCCGUUAUCACUUAUCAUCGCACAUUUUCACGGACCGACGACAAGAAUAAUAUUAGGUACAGCUUAUCGUUUUCUCUUGCACUUCGCGUCUGAAAUCGGUCUUUUGUAUUCGCCGGCAGCUAAAUGUAAAACGUCUACAGAUAAUAAUUAUUGUAAUCGACGACAACAUUAAUAUUAUUAUACAUACAUUUUCCAAAUAUUUAUAUUAUUGUGAAGACGCGAUCAGCUGGAAGUCAGUCACGUUGGUCGCCCACUUACACCGACCCGCAUUUCAGCGUGCCAUCCUUCGUGACGGCUCUGUCUGUCUGUCUGUUGUCUACGAGACGGCAACCCGUCUCAUCGUCGUCGAAGUUCGUUACCAAAGGAGUCAUCGACCUGAAAUCCUUCAUCCAUCGUCGCCGUCCUCAUACGAACCCAACACGGAAAUAUCACUAAUACAAAAUGUCUAAAACCGUUUAUGAAGAAUCUCUUUGUGUUAACAAGUCUUUCACAUCUACAUCAACAUCUUACAGAUUCAUACAUACAACUAGUUCAAAUUUUUAUAAUGAUUCAUCUUUAGUUCCUAUUUUUUCUAAACGUACAUCAAUAGAUCUUGGUGCUCGUAGACUGCCUUCGACCACUCAUAAUUUAGACUAUGGUGUUUUUAAACUAAAAGACAGCUCCAAGGUAAAAGAUCCAGUUUCUAAUUGUGAUUCAAUAUUAUCUUUAAAUCAAGAACCUUCAAAAAAAUUAAGUACACUUUCUUGUUUUCAAAUUCAAAUGCAUCAAACAAAUACAUGUAUUAAAUACGAUUUUAAAUUUUUAAAUAGUAAAAAUCUUAAUUUGUUUAAUAGUAUUUAUCAUAAACGUAUUAGUUUAGAAGGCCUAAAAAAAGUAGACUUUAUGUAUUAUUUAUCAAAGCGUUAUAAUUUUGCGCCUGUAACCGAAAAAGUAUUUUCAUUUUUGCACGGAAAAGACAUUUUGGCAAUGUCUAUGGUAUCUAAAACAUGGCGUAAUGCAGUUAAACACUCACCGUCAGGUAAAAGAAAGAAAAAUCUUAUGUGAAAUUCAUGCGAUCAGAAAAAGAAAAUCAUGGACAUGUUGAAAGAAGACGAUUGUGUUUACCAAGUAGAAGAGUUUUUGGCGAUAUUAGUAAUAUCAUGCGUUUUCCAUUAAAGUAAAAUGGAUUGAAAAGAAGUACAUAAUCAAACUAAUAUUUCAACUAAUAAGGUUCUUCACAAGUUGUCGCAGGUGAAAUAUGACCAUUAGUAUGUACUUCAAAUACAUUUUAUACAUAAAAUGUAUCAUUAUAAUAUGCUAAUAUUGAUUUUUUGUUGAUAUUGGAUAUUACCA